AGGUGGUUUUAUUUCGGAACCAACCCUUAUUCCGGACAAGAGGACUGGCUGUAUAAAGGUGGUUAUUGGGACCGCAAUUAUUCUGAAAUCGAAGACAUCUUCUAGGGUCUCGAAACACCUGGUUCUUCAUAAUGAUAGAAUUGCAGUAACAAGGUCUAUUCUAAAGUAAUACGCAUCCUACGAUGACUUUGCGGUCCGAAGAAAUGCGUCCGUGCCAAUGUAGGAAACGCGAAAUACACUUAUUCCGUCAAUCAAUUAAAAUGAAGAACUACGAUGAACAUACAAGGAAUAAUAAGUACAUGUCCUAGGAGAAUAGUUUGUUGUUCUAACUCUUAAUUUUUUAAAAUCUCGAAUGGUUUGAAAUCUGUCAUGUUGAAAAAUAUUAGCGUUAUACUUUAAUAGCUUUCAUAAUCUUCCAUUGGACUGCAAAUCUCAAAUUACUGCCUUUUUUAACUUUAAUUAGCCUUGUAAUAGCAUAUAAGUUAAUAAUACCAAUUAAGUUCAUGGAGUUACAUUAUUCUGCGGAACGAUCAGCAAAUCACAAUAAAGUUAACUUUAGGAUUUACUUUACCGCAAUCAUUACGUUCUUUUGACUAAAUCAACGUAGUUCUUAUUAUGAAGUAAAACACAUGAUUUUCUCCUUGUUACAAAUGCACGCGACCUUUAAGUGAU